GAGAUAAAUGUCCAAGAGUUAGUUGAUUUCACAUAUGAAAAAGAAGCCACGGGGAAGUUGACCCUGUGUCCAACCUUGCCAAUGGUAAAACCUUUAUUUUCAGCGGAACUGAAGACACAACUGUUGAUCAAGGUGUGGCAGUUGCAUUGGAAGAUUACAUGAAGGAUUUUAUGCCCGUGUCAAGCAUCGCCACAGACUAUAGUGUUGCAGCGGGACAUGCCAUGAUCACAGAGCAUUAUGGGAAUAUUUGCAGUGCAGAAAAAAUGCCAUAUAUCAACGACUGUGAUUAUCCUGCAGCAUUCUAUAUAUUAAACCAUAUCUAUGGCGGUGGACUUAAGAUGCCGGCGGAAUGGGGCGUGGCUCUACCUGGCGAUAUGAUGCAGUUUGAUCAGACAGAGUUAAUUCCGUCAUACAGUGGUUCUCAUAGUCUGGAUGAUAUUGGAUUCAUCUAUGUGCCGUCGGGGUGUAAAACAACACCAGGAUGUAAACUUCAUGUUGUUUACCAUGGUUGUCUACAGGGAAGACAUAAUUUAGACGCCGAGUAUGCAGUUACUACAGGUUACAACGAGGUGGGCGAAGACAACAACAUAAUAAUCGUGUAUCCACAAUGUGAGACAAGUUUAGGUAAUGGAAAUGGAUGUUUUGAUUGGUGGGGUUAUACCGAUGCCAGUUAUGAUCUGAAGGCAGGAAUACAGAUGCAAUUUUCGAAGAACAUCAUAGAUCGAUUAGUAUCGGAACAUCACGCAUGCAGUACUAUUCGUAGUAAGAUGGCACAAAAACCAUGCCUCGGUGCAUCGGCUCCGCCUCCGACACCUCAACCAACGCCAGUGUAUUGUUAG